CAGCACUACCCUCCCCUUGACCAUGGCCAGCUUAAUUGCAAUACUCGACCUCAAAGGCAAGCCGCUUAUUACACGAACGUACCGCGAUGACGUACCGACGUCGUAUAUUGAGCGGUUUAUGCCCAUCGUGCUGGACAUCGAGGAGGAGGGCCAGCAGGUUACGCCGUGUUUCUCGAGGGAGGGCGUGAAUUACAUGCAUAUCCGACAUUCGAAUCUGUACCUGCUGGCCUUGUCAAAACGAAACUCGAACGCGGCGGAGAUCAUCAUAUUCCUGCACAGACUGGUGUCGGUGCUGACCGAGUACUUCAAGGAGCUCGAGGAGGAAUCUAUCCGGGACAACUUUGUGAUUAUAUAUGAGCUUAUGGACGAGAUGAUGGACUUCGGGUAUCCGCAGACGACGGAGAGUAAGAUUCUGCAAGAGUACAUUACACAGGAGAGUCACAAACUGGAGGUACAGGUGCGCCCACCGAUGGCGGUCACAAACGCGGUCUCGUGGCGCACGGAGGGGAUCCGAUACCGGAAGAAUGAAGUGUUCCUGGACGUUAUCGAGAGCGUGAACCUGCUUGUGAACGCAAACGGCAAUGUUGUGCGCUCUGAGAUCUUGGGCGCGGUCAAGAUGAAGUGCUACCUCUCCGGCAUGCCCGAGCUACGGCUAGGACUUAAUGACAAAGUCAUGUUCGAAACCACCGGGCGAACAUCCCGCGGGAAAGCGAUUGAGAUGGAGGACGUCAAGUUCCACCAGUGCGUGCGGCUGUCGCGGUUCGAGAACGAUCGCACAAUCUCGUUCAUCCCUCCCGACGGCGAGUUUGAGCUCAUGUCUUACCGCCUCUCAACGCCCGUGAAGCCGCUGAUUUGGGUCGAGGCCGCCGUGGAGAGCCACAAGGGCAGCAGGAUCGAGUACAUGGUCAAGUGCAAGGCGCAGUUCAAGCGGCGGAGCACGGCGAAUAAUGUCGAGAUUUACGUGCCGGUUCCGGACGAUGCAGAUAGCCCCAAGUUCAGGGCGUCGACGGGGAGCGUGCAAUACGCGCCGGACAAAUCGUGUUUCGUGUGGAAGAUCAAGCAGCUGGGUGGAGCGCGUGAGUUCCUCAUGCGCGCGCACUUUGGACUGCCGAGUGUACGGGCAGAGCAAGACGCGGAGAAGCGGGCACCAAUCACGGUAAAAUUCGAGAUCCCUUACUUCACUGUGUCAGGGAUCCAGGUGCGGUACUUGAAGAUUGUGGAGAAGAGCGGGUACCAGGCACUGCCCUGGGUACGGUAUAUCACGCAAAAUGGGGACGAUUAUAGUUUGCGGACGGCAAUUGAGAAGGGAAGCGCCCCUAUUGUACCCAUGUAAAUGUAAUUGUGCUGUUGGAUACUGGAUUUAUUAGGGUUUGUUACCC